AUGCCAACAUGUUGCUCCUCAACGGGGUCCGGGGCUGAACAUACAGCGUUCAUGGUGCGAGUACCUGCCAGCCAGGCCUAUCCCGACUGGCGUGUGCUGCAGCUGCGGUUCGCCUCCGCCGCGCGUGGGGCCGCGCGUGGCGAGUGCAUCGUUCAUGGCAUUCGCCUGCUCCCUGUCGAUAACGUCGCCGGCGAGGGUGCCACCACUUCCGGUGCCGCCGCCAUGGCCACGACCACAACUUUCCCUACCACGAUCGGUAGCGAUGGUGCAGUGGUAGCAGCAUCUCCCGCUCCGUCUUCGUUUCUUGCUGAUGGUAGGACUUGUGCUGUGGAGACAGGGAUGCCAUGGCCUGAGCGCCAGCUGGCACCGGAUGCGAAAAAUCCCGUCGCAGCGAGCAUGUCGGAGCCGCAGCCUGAACCGCCACCAGAGGUGCACAGCGCGCCAGCUGAAGGAUCUCCCGCUGCUAGCGGCAGAAACCGCUCUGGAACCACACAUCCGCCGUACAGUUCCGCGGAGGCAACAGUGGCGGCAUCAGCUCAGCCGCCACCGUCACCGCUGUCCAGCAGCGCGUCUGCUUGUGGCCCAGCUGAGGCAGUGGCGGGGGCAGCCAUGGCUGCAGCAACCGGGAGCAGCGACCCGUGGGACGGUGGUACGGUGGGCUCAAAAAGCCAGCCGGUGGGCUCCCAGAUGCAGCAGUUGCGGGAGCUGUUACAGCGAGCGGCUGCUAGUGUACCACCGCCGCUGACUCCGCUCGGACCGGCCCAUGCCGGCACCAACACCACCAGCCCUGCCUCCGGUCCCACCGCCUCCGCUUACCUUGGUGCUGCCGCCGGCGCCUCCGGUACGACCGGUACGACGGCGGCUGUACCAUCGGCGGCAAGGGCCAACCUAGGCCUGGCGGCGACAUUGGCUCGGUCUCUGUUGCAGGCCUCGGCUCAAUCCCAGACCCAUGGGUCUUCGGCCUGCAGUGCAACGCAGCUUGCGCCAGCAGCAACAACGCUGCUGCCACCGAAAUCGCAGGCCGGAGGCUUGCCGCAGGGGCCCUCACAGCCGCUACCACCACCGCCUUCGUCAAUGUCGUCUUGGCCGCUAGGGCCCGGGGGCCUGCCGCUGCAGGGAGUCUCGCUGGCGGCCGCAGCCGCCCAGCUGUCGGAGGGCGCGGUGAUGCAGCAAAGCGAGAUGCUGGCGGAGCUAAGCCGACAGGUGGCAGAGCUGCCCAAGCUGGAGCUGUCGGAGCUAACUGCCGUGAGCCCCCUAGACGGUCGCUACGGCCGUCUAAGCGCGCCGCUCCGCACCAUUUUCUCCGAGUACGGCCUCAUCAGGUUCCGUGUGUUGGUGGAGUGCCGGUGGCUGCAGCAGCUGUCCCGCAUUCCUCCUGUGACGGAGGUCCCGCCCUUCUCCCCGGAAGCUAACCGCCUGUUGGACCGGCUGUGCACUCCGGAGGGCUUCACCCCGGAGGUGGCCAUGAAGGUUAAGCAGAUCGAGAAGACCACCAAUCACGAUGUGAAGGCCGUGGAGUACGUGCUCAAGGUGGGUCGGGUGGGGGAGGUAGUGGUAGUGGGGGGGCCUCUGCAGCUCGGGGCACUUCCUGCUGAGUUGCAUGAGCACUUCAAAUCCGAUCCCGAGCUGGCGGCUGUGCUGGAGUUCACCCACUUUGCAUGCACUAGUGAGGACAUCAACAAUUUGAGCCACGCACUCAUGCUCAAGGAGGCCGUACAGGAACACGUUCUUCCCACCAUGGACAAGAUCAUUUCGGAGCUGUCCCGCCUGUCCGCUGAGUUUGCCCAGGUUCCCAUGCUCAGUCGUACACACGGGCAAACCGCCUCGCCAACCACCAUGGGCAAGGAGAUGGCCGUAUUCGCGUACCGCCUGCGCCGCCAACGCGACCAGCUGGCGGCGGUGCCGUACCUGGGGAAAAUGGCGGGCGCAGUUGGCAACUAUAACGCCCACCUGAGUGCGUAUCCGGAGGUGGACUGGCAGGCGGUGGCGCAGGAGUUCGUAACGUCACUGGCCGAAGGUCUCGAGUUCAAUCCCUACGUGACCCAGAUCGAGCCGCACGACUACAUUGCCGAGCUGUACGGCGCCAUCAUCCGGUUCAACAACAUCCUCAUUGACUUUGACCGGGACGUGUGGGGGUACAUCUCCCUUGGGUAUUUCCGACAGAAGACCAUUGCGGGGGAGGUCGGCAGCAGCACCAUGCCCCAUAAGGUCAACCCCAUCGAUUUCGAGAAUUCGGAGGGUAAUCUGGGUAUUGCCAACGCGCUCAUGGACCACCUUAUCCAUAAAUUGCCCAUCUCCCGCUGGCAACGGGAUCUCACCGACUCCACAGUGCUCCGAAACCUGGGUCUGGGUAUCGGCCACUCGCUGCUGGCGUACGCUGCCAGCCUCAAGGGCAUUUCCAAGCUGCAGAUCGACAGGGCCCGUCUGGCGGCUGACCUGGACAACAGCUGGGAGGUGCUGGCAGAGCCCAUUCAGACCGUGAUGCGCAGGUACGGCGUCCCGGAGCCGUACGAAAAGCUCAAGGCCUUCACCCGCGGUCAACGGGUGACGCAGGAGAGCAUGAUGGCGUUUGUGGACGGCAUUGACGGUUUGCCGGAAGCUGCCAAAGACCAGUUGAAACAGUUAACCCCGGCCAAUUACAUCGGAAAUGCAGCUCAGCAGGCAGCAAACCUGCAACAUUAUCUGUAG